UGGGUUGCAAAUGCAACAAACCGCCGUUCCUUUCAACCUCCCUACUCGCUAACCCAAGUCUAUCUCGUUUCAUCCGGUUGUGAGAUAGGAGUUAUCACCUAUCACCUAUACAUCUUCAGAUAUUUGUUGUUACUCUAGUACUUAUCAUCUACCCAAUCCUAUGGUUGCGACAAAGCCUUGCCACAACUGUCGCCGCCGUCGCAUAAGGUGCGAUCGUUCUGUCCCCGGAUGCCACAAAUGUACGAGCACUGGACGGGAGUGCUCCGGCUAUGGCAAACUUUAUAAGUGGGUUGAUAAUCCGGCUUCCCGUGGCCAAGUGACCAAGAAGGAUCCCGCCCGUCUACUUUUAGACACUCGAGAGCCUCCCGAGUUUCAAUCUGACGUCAAGGGUUCUGUCGAGCAAACAUCGACAGUAACUCCUGGAGAUGAACUUUGGUCUUAUUCGCCAAACUUCUCAUUGCUUGACCCAUUAUUCCAAGACCUCGGGGUGUCAUCACGACAUUACCUGAAUUACUAUGCCGUCCGUUUCUGCCAAGACCUGAUUGUGUAUGACGCCCCUCAGUACGGCGCCAAUCCGUUCAGGGACCUGGUUCCCAUGUCCCAGGAGUAUCCCUUUCUCCGCGAGAUCGUCAUCGCAGCAUCCGCCUUGCAUUUUUGGAACACCAAGCGCUGGAACAAAAACCCGCAACCAGCUGCUGAUGCUCUAGUGGAUGCCUUGCGUGCACGGCAUAAAGCUAUCAAGUCACUGCAGAGUACAUUAGAGCAUCUAAAAGCCCGCGGUAAUGUGGAUAUCGAUGACGGGCAGAAAGACGCUCUACUAGCCGCUGUUCUCUUUUUUGUCAAUUUUGCCCUUGUUGACUCAGGGAAGGGUGGCUGGCGAGCUCACAUGGGGUUCGUCGGCAAACUUCUUAGUUUGCGAAGAUCCAGCUGCUCCCAACCACGUAACUCGCUAGAGUUCACUCAGGGGUUACAAUCGGAUACCCAAUCCCUCUUAGAUCUCUCAACGUUUGAGCCUCUUCUUCCCUACACUUUAUCAUAUGAACCUAUCACAUCCCCUGGGGCCCUGUGCGUUCGUGAUUACAUUGCGUCGGACUCAAUGGCUUACUAUAUAUGGAGCAGUGCACUCGAUUCGCUCGUGUCAUCGAAAAGUGAGACUGCUCCAAGUUACUCAAUGUCAUAUGAAGACGACAUUGACAUUCUUCCCAUUCUCUUCCGUACCGAGGCCAAUAGCUAUCACAGCUGUCCUUCUCGUUUGUUAUAUGCUGUUUUUCGGACCUCGCAGCUAGCAAGGGAUAUCAAAUCCAACAAGACUAGUCUACUGAAUGAGAGACAAGUGCAAUCAUGUCUUGAACUUUUAAGGGAGGUUCAAUCAUUUGAUACCGAUGCCUGGGCAGAGGAAAUAUGCGCAAAAAUUGCUGCAGAUGUGGGGUACUUGGACAAAACUGAGCGAGAGUAUCGCAGACGCAUCGGUGCGACUUUCCGCGCCGCUGUGUGUCUGUAUGUCCUUUUGAUCGCACCGGACCUACCAGGCCAAGUUAUUCGACAUUCAUCGCUGAGUGAACUCGGGGAAGAGGUUUUAUCCGCUCUUCCCAACACUGCAGAACUCACCAGCACGAUUUUAUACCACCUUUCCUAUAUCCCUACCGAUAGCCCCCUAUUCAAAUCCGCGACGUGGCCUGUAUUCCUUACGGGAAUCGAGACAGCAAAUCCUGCCCACAGAAGAUGGGUGCUUGAUCGAUUUCGUGAAUACAGAGUCAUCUGUCCCUGGGGAAUGGUCACUUCAACGAUGGAAACGCUGGUAGAGAUGUGGGAGAUGAGAGAUAGCACACCAGUCGAGGGAUUGGAUACCGGCAAAAGGCUUACCGAGGAAUUGACUACAUCACCGCGCGAAAGGGAUAACAUCAACUGGCUAAUACAGUUACAAGGCUUGAAUAUCGAUUGCUUAAUUGUAUGAAGCUUGGUAUACUGAUACUCGAGACUCCAAGCUUUAAAACUAAAUAAGCGGUAUCAUGGUUUGGAAAGCAGUAACGCAAAAUUGCUUCAUCCUAACCGCCUAGCAAGCACACUUUCGAGAGGCCCGUCGUUCGCUGUUAGGCCGCCGGCUCCUAAUGGGUAGGAGUUGCACUUGGGUUACU